CAUCCGGGGAACGGAUUGGGAGCUCUUCCUGUCUCCCUCCAGAGAGAGAAGGAGGAGGAAGAAGGGAAGCCAAGGGGCCCCCGAAGCUGGGAAGAGCGGGGCCUUUGCAGCUCCUUUCAAGCAAGGCUGAGGGCGGGCCAGACAUUCCCCAUCUCUAUGGGGACCCUGUGGGGUCUGAAGGCCCCCUCUGGCCCCAGAGGGCUUAUUUCCCUUCUCCAAAAGUAAGAACUUGGAAAUUGCUGCAAUGUCCUUUCCCAGGUGGUUAAGUUUCAACUAAUACUGUAACCUUGGGGACUGUGGUCUCCUGUGGCAGCAACCAAGAAUCUUGGGUUCCAUCUUCCUGGCAGAUUGGAUUCGACACAGCAAGGAACAUUGAUCAUUUUUGGUGUUGACCAUGGAGUUUGCUGAGCUUAUCAAGACCCCACGGGCUGACAAUGUGGUCCUUCACCGCCCCUUUUAUCCAGCAGUGGAGGGGACGCUGUGCUUGACCGGGCAUCAUCUCAUCUUCUCUUCCCGGCGGCAAGACAAUGUUGAGGAACUCUGGCUUUUGCAUUCCAACAUCGAUUCCAUUGAAAAACGUUUCAUUGGCUCCUUGGGCACUAUCAUCAUCAAAUGCAAAGACCUACGGAUAAUUCAACUGGAUAUCCCUGGCAUGGAGGAGUCCUUGAACAUAGCUAGCUCUAUUGAGGCACUGUCUACCUUGGAUUCCAUCACCCUGAUGUAUCCUUUCUUUUAUCGGCCAAUGUUUGAAGUCGUGGAAGAUGGAUGGCAUUCCUUCUUGCCGGAGCGCGAAUUUGAGCUUCUCAGUUCAGUCACAAAUGAAUGGCGGUUGAGUUACGUCAACAAAGAUUUCUCUGUCUGCCCAUCUUACCCACCCAUAGUCACCGUCCCUAAGUCGAUUGAUGAUGAAUCUCUAUGGAAAGUUGCCACAUUUCGCCAUGGUGGACGCUUCCCAGUCCUCAGCUAUUACCACAAGAAAAAUGGGAUGGUAAUGAUGCGUAGUAGCCAACCGCUUACAGGGACCAAUGGGAGGCGUUGCAAAGAGGACGAGAAGCUGAUUAAUGCCACGCUGAGGGCGGGCAAGCGUGGCUACAUCAUCGACACACGGGCCCUGAAUGUAGCCCAGCAAGCCCGUGCUAGAGGUGGAGGCUUCGAGCAGGAAGUGCAUUAUCCCCAGUGGCGCAGGAUUCACAAGACCAUUGAGAGGUACAAUAUUCUUCAAGAGAGCCUUAUCAAGCUUGUGGAGGCUUGCAAUGACCAAUCCCAUAAUAUGGAUCGUUGGCUGAGCAAAUUAGAGGCAUCCAACUGGCUGACCCAUAUCAAGGAGAUCCUCACCACGGCUUGCUUGGCUGCUCAAUGUAUUGACCGGGAGGGGGCAUCGGUCUUGGUUCAUGGGACGGAAGGCACUGAUUCGACACUGCAAGUGACCUCUUUGGCUCAGAUUAUUCUGGACCCCAGAUGCAGAACCAUUCGUGGUUUUGAAGCUCUCAUUGAGAGAGAAUGGCUGCAGGCUGGCCACCCAUUCCAACAGCGCUGCGCCCAGUCAGCCUAUUCAAACAGCAAGCAGAAAUGGGAGGCCCCUGUCUUCCUCCUCUUCUUGGACUGUGUUUGGCAGAUCCUCCGCCAGUUCCCUUGCUCCUUCGAGUUCAACUAUCACUUCCUCAUCAUGCUCUUUGAACAUUCCUAUGCUUCCCAGUUUGGCACUUUCCUGGGAAACAACGAAAAUGAAAGGUGUAAACUUAAGCUGCCUCAGAAGACGAUGUCCCUGUGGUCCUGGGUGAAUCGGCCAGAAGAACUCAACCGGUAUAAGAACCCUCUCUUUGAAGCCAACAGUCUUGUCAUCUGGCCUUCUGUUGCACCCCAAAGUCUGCAGCUCUGGGAAGGAGUCUUCCUCCGCUGGAACCGGUCCUCCAAGUUUCUGGACGAAUCCUAUGAAGAGAUGAUCAACAUCAUAAAGUACAACAAGGAACUCCAAGUGAAAGUCAACAUGCUGAGGCGGCAACUGGCUGAGCUGGAGACAGACGACAGCACGCAGGAUGAUGGGAUAUCUGAGAGUCCCUGAGGUCUUUGCAGGGCUCCUGGUCCAAGUCAUUCUGUCUUUGUUGGGCAAGUCAUCUGUACCCAUCCUUGAGCACUAAACACCCAUCAGACUUGCAUGCACUCAAGCUCCUCUUUGGUGCGAUUCAGUUGAACUUUUUUGUUUUGUUUUUUGGCUUCACUGUUCCUCACUUGGCACUAUAAUCCCACUCCCUCCGUAUAGGAUGGGAGUGUGCAGUUUCCUUUUUUGUUGUUGUUGUUUACAGGAGCAAACUCUUGAUUUAAUCCAAGCCCCUGCCUGAUUCUGGCAGCAUUUCUCAUCUCUAAUAAACUGUUUGCGCAGUUCCUGUGACCACUGUGGCUUUUAACCACUACGGAACCCCCUCAUCCAUGUCAUUUAUGAUUGGGGUGCUUUGGCUUUGACUUGGGAGAUUCUGGACUCGACAUGUUUUCACAUCUUGGAUGGCCUCCAAAAAGGUUAUUGUGGGCAGAAGAAAUGUAGGUACAGUACUUCUUCCAAAUGCCCCUCUUUUUCUUCCCUCCAGGAUUAGGCAGUGUACCUUGGCUUUAUUUGAGCUUUCAGUCCCAAACCAAAACAAUAUCUGCCCAUGCUCCUUCCUUAGCACCAUUGCUUGCAGUGAGGAAAGAUGGGGAAAGUCUCUCCAAAAUUCCAGACUACACUACACUCCAUACUACACUACCUGUUCUGGGUUGAUCCCAUAGUGAGGUCUUGUUUUACAUGUCUCAGUAUGCUCAGAACAAAGCAAAAGCUGCAGUCCUACAGGGUCUGCACCACUUCAUACCACAAACCACAUGUUGGAAGAACAUGACCCAUACUUAUAUGCCUGAAGAAAGAUAGUUGUUUCUGCUGUGGAGGAAGCAUCCAAAGCUGUGGUCCUCUCCCUAGUGGCCAGAAGUGGUGCAGCGUUAAGAGGGUUACAUCCACUGCUCACAACAUGUUUGAAUUGUCUUUCACUUUCACAGACCAGCCAGAGACUCCCGUGUGCCCAGGCACUCUGGUGUGCAUAUUAUAGUGAUUGAUGCUGUAAUAUGGGAUCCAGUCACCUGAAUCAGAGUGCCCUACAAAUUGUGUUGAUCUAUGAAUAAGGCAAGAAAUAUUGGUUUACCUGUGACUGGCAAGGAGUGCACACAGCACUGUAGUUGAUAGACUUGUUCCAUCAGCAGUAGCUCUCAAGCUUAGAAGCUUUUCAUCAGAGGCUCUGCAUAGGAUGCCAAGAAUUCUAGUCCAUUAAGUUACACGUGGACCACUUAGGACCUUGAUAAAAUCUUUUUGCUCUCUUCUUCAGGCUGUAAAAACAGAAAAGCCAGGCUGUUCCCCAGGUUUGAAUUGAUCAGGUCACAAAUGAGAUAGGUUGAAGCUAGAAAGUGAUCUCCCUUGAUUCUGCAGAACUAAGGCCAGCUAAGAGAUCUCUGAAGCAACACUGCUUAGAAAAUGUAUGGAAUUGCAGUUCUGAGAAUCCUCGAACCAGCAAUGGCCAUGCUGGCAGUGGAGGAUCCUGGAAAUUAUAUGGCCCAGAUCCCCUGACUAUCCCAAACUCUGGUGUACACAAAAACACACCUGCUCACAGAUGAAUAAUGCUUGGUGUUAACAGCUGCCUCUUGUGAAACCUUGUGGUGAGUUAAAGCCUUUUGGAGAAUAUGGUUCUCCUGAUUUGAUUUUUUCCCCAUAGCAUCCUCAGUCACUUGAGUUCUGUACUAGGUUUCCUGCCAACUCCAUAUUUUGGUGGCUGUGGUCCAUGUUUCUCUGACUGUUCAUGCUUUAAAUCAGCAUCUGUUUGAUUGCUUGGCACUCUAGUAUCCAAAUAUUUUUGAAGAGAGAGGCUAAUGCUGAAAAGGCUGCAUUUUUCUUUUGCUGAUCUGAAAUGAUAAGGAAUGUUCCCCACUAGCAGCUUCUCCUUUUGCACAGUCCCAACUGGACUGAUGAGUUUUGCUUCCCUCCCAGAAGCAGAAUUGCAAACAGGUUUAGUUCUGCUGAACAAAGGAAUGUCCCAUGCUGCCAAUCAGAAGAUGCAAUAUAGGAUAGAUGAUGGGCUGGAACUGGAGGGUCACCUUGGGAAACUAGUGUUUUAUUGGAGAGGCAAAAUAUUUUGAAAUAGGCUUUAUUGUCCUUUAUAUUGCCAUUGCAGGCUUCCUGGAUAGGUUAAGUUUGUCCUUGGAGUUAUACUGGAGAAUUAACUCUAAAUAUUAUUAUUAUUAAAUCAGUGAUAAGCAAAUUCACAGUUCUCUCUGCUCUGCUCAUUUCUCUUGCCCCAAUUUCUAUUGGGGGACUGGAGAAUGCAUGCACUUACUUUAAGGCAGGGCAUCUUCAGAUGGGGCAAGGGCUGUUCCCCCCCCCCCCCCCCCCCCGUGCUGCCCCACUGCAUUGCCCCAACACAUUUCAGUGCACUGGAAGUGAUGUAAUAGCAUUACAGCCCUUCUUUGGGUUUCAUGUGAGUGAAGGAAGUAAACCCCCAGAAGCAAACAACAUUUGUAGCUGAUCUAGGGUGCAAGAUAUUUUUUUUGUAGGAGGUCUUCUAGAGGAGGCCUCAGGGGCAACACUUUAGGAUCCCAAGGGCCACGCUGUGCCCACCUCUCCUUUAAGGAACAUUCAGGGAUUCUGUUUGUGUGCAACUCUUAGUAGUUCCCAGUAAGACACUUUUCUGCCAUGGUGGAUGUUGAUGUUCAGCUUCGCAAAAUAGGUUGGAAGCUACAAACCCAAUCAUUGGAUGUCCACCAAUAAUUCCCUUGGCUUGCUAGUCAGCUGUCAUUGGUAUUUUUCCCUUUAAAAAGCAACAAGCGCUCUUUGGGGCAGUGAAGCUUGUACAGAGGAGUGGUUACAUUUUCUUAGCUUGCCAAAAUUACAAACUGUCCUUGCCUGAUCUGAAACAUAGGAAGAGAGUGUCUGUUCCUGAUCUUUCUUUGUGGCUGAGAAUGAGCCAUUUCUGCUGCCAAACUGGCAAGGAAAUUCACAUAUACCUAGCUCCAUCUACUCCUCUAGACUCUACCCUCUGACAUGCCUUGUUCCCAUUGUACUGGAUGAAGGGACUUCUUCCAUCCAAGUUUAUCUGCCUCUAGAAUGAAUUGAGUCUCCUUUUAUUUAGUCAGGAUUUUUUUUUAAGUCUUGAAAAACUUUUUCAUAAUCUCAGAAGGCCGGCUUUUAAGAUUCACAGUCUUGGUUGCACUGAUUAAAAACAACUAACCUUUUGAUGUUUUUUUAAGUGUGUGUGGGUUUUUUUUGUUUUUGUUAAAGAAGAUUGUAAAUACAAUGCUAUAUUUAUUUAUGUCAUAUUAUUUGCAUAGUUUGGAAAUUGUUCAGAAAGUUGUUGCCUGCCGAAACAUUGAUCAAGCAUAUUUCAGUUGGGAGAGGGGUCUUGGGAGCUUCCUUGAAGCCAAAGAUUUUGGGAGUGGAUAACUAAAACAAGUGCAUUUCCAGAUCUUAGAAAAGUUCCUCUUUUUAAAACUGCAAAUCCCAGAAGCCACCAGUCAUCUUGGUUGUGGUCCAAAUAAAAAGAGAACUUUUCCCUACUCUGAUUUCUGCACUACAGAGGAUUCCAGGAACUGGAGUUCUGGGAGGGCGCUGGAGACCUAGAUUUUUCACAGGACUACCAUUUCCAAUCAUUGGGAUGAUGCUAUGGUUAAACUGGGUCUACAAACUUAGUAGCCUUCUCUCGAGUUACAGCCCCCCCCC